GCCUUCUCCUGGCCUCUCCUACCUCCUCCUACAUCCUGUCCCCAACCUCUCCCGUCUCUUCCCUCUCCCCCCAAAGCAUCACCACUAGUCCCUCAUCAAACCCAUCACCUACCUUAACGACACUGUCUCCUUAGGUCGCGUCAACCCAAAUAGCUGCCCGGUCGCAACUAACUUGAGCCAAAAUGUCCGUUAACAUAUACGCCCUGCCUCCCCUUCCCUACCCGUACGAUGCUCUCGAGCCCAGCAUCUCCAAGCAGAUUAUGGAGCUGCAUCACACCAAGCACCACCAGGCAUAUGUCACCAAUCUCAACAAGGCCCUUGAGGCGUCUAGCAACGCCUUGGCCCAGGGAAAGCUGCAGGACUCGGCUGCCCAGUUGUCUGCCAUCCGCUUCAACGGUGGAGGUCACAUCAACCACUCGCUGUUCUGGGAGAACUUGGCGCCCUCCUCCUCCCCGGAUUCCAGCAUAGCAGCCGCUCCCAAACUGAUCGGCGCUAUCAAAUCUACCUGGGGCAGCUUGGAAAAAUUCCAAGAGGUUUUCGGCGCAGCUCUGCUGGGCAUCCAGGGCAGCGGAUGGGGUUGGCUCGUGAAGGAAGCUGUCACCGGACAGCUGCGAAUCGUGACGUUGGCGAAUCAAGAGGCUGUUGUUGUCGGCGAUACUCCUCUCUUCGGCGUUGACAUGUGGGAGCACGCGUAUUACCUCCAGUACCUCAAUGGAAAGGCAGCUUAUGUUGAUAACAUCUGGAAGGUCAUCAACUGGAAGACGGCUGAGGCAAGAUAUGUCGGGUCCCGAGAGGAUGCCUUCCGGGCCCUGAAGGCGCACAUUUAGAGCCGAGGAGCAGUAGCUUACGGGUGAAAGGGAUUCUCAGAACUCUGGAUUAACGACUUACCUAAGACAAAUAACAUAUUGAGGCCA